ACUGGAGCUCAAUUCUACCCACGGGAGAGGCGUUCAAGAAGUCACUUUAGAGACGUAUCUUUUUCGACAAACGCAAUAAUUGUCACUUUAACAUGAUCCAAAUCGUGUCUUAUAAUAUGGCUUUCUUUUCUAUAUGUUUACUUUGUUGAGUGAAUACAAGUUAUGUGUGUAUGAAAAAGUCGAACAUCUGAUAAUAUCCGAACGCUCUGGAACGCCACAGAACUGUCCAGUGGUGGGUUUGAUUAAGUGACAGGCCCAGACCGCCUGGGCGGUGCUAGCAAGAAGGCGAAAAUCUCGGUGGUGUUAGCACGGUAAAUGUGCUGUACAAGAAUCCACACGAGUCCGUGUUUGACUACGGGAUUUUAACGUUGUCGUUUACCUUAGCAUUCAGCCCGCAUUUAAUACGGAGAGGUGGGCAACACAACCGCCAGAGAUGGCUAAUUUAACAGCGAACCCCGCCGACAAGGAGCGGUUCAUCUGUGUUUAUCCCGUCUACAUCAACAGCAAGAAGACUCUCGCCGAAGGACGAAGAAUCCCUGCUGAGAAGGCGGUGGAGAACCCUUCCUGCGGUGAGAUCCGUGACGUCCUAACAGCCGCCGGCAUGAACGUCUACGUGGAGAACAAAAUGCAUCCCAGAGAGUGGAACCGGGAUGUGCAGUUCAGAGGUCGGGUCCGAGUUCAGUUGAAGCAGGAGGAUGGCAGCCUGUGUGUCAAUAAGUUCACCUCUCGUAAAGACAUCAUGUUCUACGUAGCCGAAAUGAUCCCCAAACUAAAGACUCGCACUCAGAAGAGCGGCGCGGGUGAAAGCAGCUCUCAGCAGAGCGACGGAGGCAAGAAGACCAAGAAGAAGAAGAAAUAAGUCCAUGGCGUGACAGUGAACUCCUGAGGUUUUUUUGGAAACUCUUGUAGACCGCAACAGCAGCCCUUCAUCACAUCCUGCCUGAGAAAGGUUGUUUAUUUUUUAAUCCAGAAGAUGUCUUCAGCUUUCAAAUGAGAGGAAAAGAUGAGCUGAAAAAAAUCAACUUAUUUGACUUAAAUAAAAACAUAGUAUCAUA